CACACGAGAGCGUCAAGUCCAUUUUUAUCCGCGAAGUGUGAGCCCUUCUUUUCACUGACAAGAACUACAUAUAGAUGUAUUAAUCUCAUCGACAUGGCAGUUGACUGGGUUGGAUAUGGAUACGCAGCUCUCACAGCCACAGGAGGCAUAAUUGGUUUUGUCAAAGCAGGUAGCGUCACUUCACUUGUUGCUGGACUUGUCUGUGGACUUUUAGCUGCAAUUGGUGCUUACCAUAUAUCUCAAAAUUCCAAAAAUAUUUGGGUGUCUCUUGGUACCUCUGGGACUUUAGCAGUCGUGAUGGGACUGAGGUUUCUGAACUCAGGGAAGCUGAUGCCAGCUGGGCUUAUGGCAGGACUGAGGUUAGGCUGCUUCAUACUCAAGGAUUUUACAGCAGAAAUCAGUUUCCUGAUGUUUACAAAGAUUUUGAUCGCCUUUCUAAGGAAAACCCACAAAACAUAAACUCAUCCAGCCAAAGGAACACGGUCAGCUUUGUGAUCUCUGGAAAAUGAUGACACUGCAUGGUGCAGCCUGUUGGACAGACCUUACAGGCUGGAGGACACGAGAUUUCACAUUAUGCCAGUCUUGUCUGAAUUACGAUAUGAGGAAACUGGACUCAGAUGGAGGCUUUGCAAGACCAUCACUGUAGAGAUGAACACUGUCCAAAGCUGCCUGAACAAAUUUAUUCUUAAUAUGCUUCAUGUAGUCAGGUUUUAUAUACAAAAAUAAAUGACUUACAAUCGAAUGUUUAAAAGAGAAUGUAAUGAUUUUGAAAGGUACUAUCAUAGUUUAAAUGAAGCGAUUUGUAACUAAUUUGAUCAUUCUGUAACUUCAAAUUUAGCGAAGUUAUUUGGAAAAUGGUGCAAUAGCCAAAUUGGAAUAGAAGACAAGAGGAUGCGAAGACGAUCCUGAAAUAUUGUACCACACAAAGUUACUGUCAGAGAGUGUCUACAGAAAUGCAAUGUACUGAAUCCUAUUCUUAGCUUAACAUUCACAUUAAAUAGAUGAUUGGUGUGAAGAUAGAAUUGUGGUGGUCUUAAAUGAGC